AUGGUAAAUCCAGGCUACGUUCAGCCUCUUUGUGUCACCCCACAGGUGUCUCUGCGUGCUUCUAACGGUGUCAUGGCGGUGCAGAGUGUUCCUCUGGGACAGGAAGUGACUGGGCAGCAUCAGACUACACUGACCAUCAACGCCACCAGUCUGGCCCAACUGAACGCGCUACUGGCACAGGUGACCUACUGCAGUGUAGCGUACGUCCUGAGCACACAGGAUUUGAUACAUUUUACUUUUGAGGACCAUGAGGUCAUCUUUCCGCUCACAAUCAAGAAACCUUCGAUUCCUGUUCUGUAUGAUCCGGGUGCAGAUAUUAAUUCUCAGGUGACCAUAGCCACCAAGACAUUCCUCAGGUAUAAAGAGUUGAGGCUAUUGAUUGACAGCAUCAGGGCGAAAUACCCAGAUAUCCGAAUCAUUAUCGCAGAUGACAGCAUGGAGCCAGAGAAAGUGGAGGGUCACAACAUUUACCAGUACAUCAUGCCUCCUGCUCAGGGCUGGUUUGCAGGUCGGAACCUGGCCGUCUCCCAGGUGACCAGCAAGUACUUCCUGUGGGUGGAUGAUGACCACCGCUUCCUGAACGAGACCAGCAUCGAGAAGUUUGUGGAGAUCAUGGAGGCAGUGCCAACGCUGGAUGUGCUGGGGGGUUCUGUGGAGGGCAACCAGUUCUACUUCACUUUGGAGUACCAGGAAGGUGCGGAAGGAGAGGGCGAGGGAGGCUGUCUCUCGAGGCUGCAGAACCAACACCACGCUCCACUGAACGGCUUUAAAGACUGCUUGCUGGUGGACGGCGUGGUCAACUUCUUCCUGGCCAGGACGGAUGCCGUGCGCAGGGUGGGCUUUGACCCCUUGCUGCAGCGCACUGCCCACUCCGAGUUCUUCAUGGACGGUCUUGGUCGUCUGCUGGUGGCAUCCUGCGCAGGCCUGGUGAUUGGCCAUCAGAAACGCCAAUCAAACCGCGAGCAAUACAACAAGUUCCGCUACCAAGAUGAGGUCGAUGCUAAACUCCGCCUUCAUUACUUCAAGAAUCACCUCAAGUGUGUCGUGUAUUAAAGCAGUAUUGCACCAUUUUUGGAAAUUAUAUAAAUAAUUUUAUAUAUGGUUUUUAUUUGUUUAUAAACACGGUGUUGUGAGGAGGGGCAAGAUACUGGCAGCCAACCAUGUGAGGUAAUUGUUUGACUGUCAGCGGUUUCCAACAAUCGGAGGUUGAGUUGUGCGCAGCCAUGGGAAAACAAAAAUU